AUCCAUCUUCACGUCAUCUUCAAAUCCAUUUUUCACAUCACUAUCUCUCUAUACUACAAAUCUCCUCGUACCCUUUUACCCCAUCCUUCUCCGUGAUCGCAUAACCAGACCUCAAUUUUGAUUCAGCUAUGGAUCCAAACCAACGUAUCGCGAGAAUCUCAGCUCAUCUCAAUCCUCCUAACCUUGACGAUCAGAUGGUUGACGGGUCGGGUUUGAAUCGGGUGGGUUGUCGUGCAAAAGGCGGAUCACCCGGAUUCAAAGUGGCGAUACUUGGAGCAGCUGGUGGGAUUGGUCAACCUCUUGCUAUGUUGAUGAAGAUGAAUCCUUUGGUUUCGGUUCUUCAUCUCUAUGAUGUUGCUAACGCUCCUGGUGUUACUGCUGAUAUUAGUCACAUGGACACUAGUGCCAUUGUUCGUGGAUUUCUCGGUCAACCACAGUUAGAAGAAGCACUUACGGGUAUGGAUUUAGUGAUUAUACCUGCUGGUGUUCCGAGGAAACCAGGGAUGACGAGGGAUGAUCUGUUUAACAUUAAUGCUGGGAUUGUGAGGACACUCUCUGAAGCUAUAGCCAAAUGUUGUCCUAAAGCGGUUGUUAAUAUAAUCAGUAAUCCUGUGAACUCCACAGUGCCAAUCGCAGCUGAGGUUUUUAAGAAAGCUGGAACCUUUGAUCCUAAGAAACUCAUGGGAGUCACUAUGCUUGAUGUUGUUAGAGCUAAUACUUUUGUGGCAGAAGUAAUGAGCCUUGAUCCCCGGGAAGUUGAUGUUCCGGUUGUUGGAGGUCACGCAGGAGUUACGAUUUUACCGCUGCUUUCUCAGGUGAAACCUCCUUGUUCAUUCACUCAAAAAGAGAUCGAAUAUCUCACAGGCCGCAUCCAAAACGGUGGCACUGAAGUUGUUGAGGCUAAAGCUGGGGCAGGUUCUGCAACACUAUCCAUGGCCUAUGCAGCAGUGAAGUUUGCAGAUGCUUGCCUCAGGGGUCUACGAGGGGAUGCAAACAUCGUUGAAUGUGCAUUUGUGGCAUCUCAUGUGACUGAGCUUCCCUUCUUCGCAUCAAAGGUGCGUCUGGGACGAUGUGGGAUCGACGAAGUGUAUGGUCUUGGACCAUUGAACGAAUACGAGAGGAUGGGAUUAGAGAAGGCAAAGAAAGAGCUUUCAGGAAGUAUUGAGAAAGGUGUUACCUUUGCAAAGAAAUAAGAUCACUUGAUUGGAAUAAACACUUAAAGUGAUGGUUUUGGAAUAGUAAUAGUUUUGGAAUAAGAACAACGCCUCGCAAUAAAAGCUCGUGCGGGUUUUCUGUGAACCGAUCUUAAAGGUUCAAGAAUCUCAUCUCCUUUAGGUAAAAUCAUGAAAUUAUUGUAUCGUUCGGUCCAACCAGUCUGUUCUUAGAUACGUGAACGUUUACAAAAUUGAUAUGUAAUUGGGUUAUGAAAGUGAGAACAGAGCAAUAAUCUUGUCACCUUUUUUAUAUUCUUAUGUUCUUUGUAAUGGUGCUUUUCUUCAACUUGUUUAAUGUUCCUUUUAUAUGAA